AUGUCACAGGAGCCGUUGUCUUACCUACUCAACUCGCUACGAGAGAUCAACGUGAUGAUCCCGUUCCGGCCCAAAUCUGCUGGCGGCGGCGGCCGGCAGCAGCAACCCGAGUCUGCAAGCCGACACUCACGUCAGAGUUCCGUGCAACAUGACCCGCCCGAGGAGGACUUCGAGGUGGAAGAGUUGCCAGAUGACUACAAGACAGAAGGAGAGGCAGAAAACACGCCGCGUGCAUCAGUAGAGGACGAGCGGCCAAAAACCAAGCCCGGAGACCCUGCAUAUGUCUCGCCAAUUCCAAAGAUUCCGAGAAUCCCCUCUAUUCACCGCGCACCCGGUUCUCCAACAAGUCGGAGGUCGGUGCAGCAGAUUGUAAAAGAUCACCUUGUGGGAAAGAGAAUCGACGAGUUUGGAGACAUCGUAGACGAAGAGACCGGAAAGGUGCUCGGCAGAGUUGCAGGAGAUUUGCCUUCGAUGGUCGGCAGAACAGUUUUAAAUCAACGUGGAGAUGUUCUCGGCGACGACGGAGAGCUGCUGGGAUAUGUGGCCGAGGUUGAGACGGAAGACGAGGGCAGCCAGGAGGUCCCCAGAUAUCAAACCCCAAGGCCCGAACAAACGAAGAGCUUGCAAGACUUCAUGAAAGCUAAGGGCAACGGUGGCCUGAUGGUUGAUCCGUUCGGCAACAUCUUGGACGGGAACGGGAAUGUUGUAGGAAGUUUCCACGAUAAGAUCAGUGGAUUUGGCAAGCCUGCCCAAGCGUCAGGGAGUAAGGAUAGGGAUAGAACCCCGCCAGCAAGGGAGAAGGAGAAAGGAAAGGAAAAGGACGAGGAAAGUGAGGAGAGGGACCUUGAGGAAGAAACAAAGGAGGAGAAGCGGCCUAACGCACAGAGCCACAGGAAGGAGGAUCCAAAAGAGAGCCCGUCGGAUAUAUUCCUGGAUGUGAAGUCCACAAUUGAGGGGAUCCAGCUGACGAUCCGGAUACCAACGGUAUUUCCAGGUGGGGGUCAGGCAGGCCCGCCAAGAGUCUCGUUUGUUAGUUAG